AUGGGAGAGCAUCCACAAGAACAGAGGAAGGUGGUGAAGCCUUACAUCUCCCCUCUUCCAUACCCUCAAAGGUUGCAAAGGGAGCUCAAGAACCAACAAUUUUGCCAAGUUUCUGGAGGUUUUAAGAAGCUGGAAAUCAACAUCUCCCUUACUGAAGCAUUGGAGCAUAUGCCUUCAUAUGCAAAGUUCCUAAAAGAACUCAUUAACAAGAAGAAAAUCUGGAAUGAGAAGGAGACUGUGAUCUUGACACAAGAAUGCAGUGCAGUGAUUCAAAAGGGUCUCCCACUAAAACUCAAAGAUCCUGGGAGCUUCUUUUUGCAUUGCACUAUUGGCAACAUGUCCAUUGAUAAGGCACUGUGUGAUCUAGGAUCAAGUAUCAAUCUGAUGCCUUUAUCUAUGCUGAGAAGGUUGUCUAUAGAAGAAGUAAAGCUUACAAGGAUGUCCUUGCAACUUACUGAUAGAUCAAUUGUAAUCCCUAAUGGAGUGGUUGAGAAUCUCUUAGUCAAGGUGGGUAAGUUUAUUUUUCUAACGGAUUUUGUGAUCUUGGAUCUAGAUGAAGAGGGAGGCGAUUCUGUUAUAUUAGGAAGGCCUUUCCAAGCCACAACAGGAGCCAUCAUUGAUGUGGAGAAAGGAAAAAUGACCAUGAGAGCACAUGAUGAGUAG